CAGCGUAGCAGUCCCCUGUUGAGGGUGGCUAGGACCCCCGCCGCUGCUUCACCCCUUUGUCCCCUUUCCGUUCUCUUCUGAGGACCCGUCGCCCCUGGCGUCGCAACCUUGCUGGUGGCCGCCGGGGGAUUGCGGGAUUCCCUUGGGCACACACAAGGCCCUCCAGCCAAAUGUACCUCCCCACCCCCGCCCCGGUUGGGCUCUGGCCACGGAAUUGCAAGUACGACCCUUGCCCUGUCGUUCCGUUUACCCCGCACGAUGACCCCGACCCUAGACAUUGUUGGAGGUAGAAUAUUUGCACUUAAAGAGUAAUGGCGAUUUGGGGUCUCUUCUUCCCAGGAGCUUUAUAUAAUGAGAGAAACUGAGACACAGGCGGUGCUUGAAGUGUUGACACAGCCUGGUCUCCUUAUCUGCUCUGUGCACUCUUCAGGGUUCAGGGGUAUCACUUGGGUGCUGUCAAAAUAAAAACAAGAAUGUAAACCAAGGCUGUGUUCACCCCUCACCUCCCAAGGGUUGGUUCGUUGUUUUUGUUUUUGUUUUCCAUCUUACCAUAGAAGGUCAUGAGUUUGCAGCAAAAAGGAUGACUUUUUGGUGGAGGGGAAAAAAGGCAUCUUCUGGGUUUCCUUACCAGUGUUACUAUGUUUUUCUGCUUCUCAUUUUCAUGCUAACCAAGUUCUUUAUGCACCACUGUGCUAAUUCCUAAGAGUCUGUACUUUGCUCCAGCCAUGGGUAUCAGACUUUUCCCAUUUGUGUGGAGGGAACGCAUUGAGGGAGUGAAAAAAUAAUAUUGGAGUUGCCGAUAUCGAUUGCUGCUUCUUGCAAUUACUUCCAAAAAAACUUUAUUUAAGUUAAUGGAGAAUGCUUUAGAUGGAGCGGCCAUAAAGUGAUUUAAAAACAUAAAAUAUUGAUGCUAGGCCUAAAACAUCUUUUGUGAUAGUAGACAAGAUAGGUGUGUGUACCAUUUGUAAGACUCUCACAAAUUAUGAUCUAUUUUAAAUGACUGCAUUUCUUAAAAAUAAAUAAAAACUUUGUAUGAACUCCUAGAUAUUUAUGUAAAUAAAGUGACUCCUGAAGAUUGAUGUCCACUGGGACCUAUUGCAUGCUGUGACCCUUUUAAUACCCUACUGCAGAAUAGUGUUAAAUAUUUUCUCCUGGAGCCCAAGAUUUUCCUUGUGUGUAUUUCUUGGAGCAACUGUUGAGUGGGUAUUCUGAGGGGGAAAGAUACAUUCAUUUUAAACUUUUGAAACUUGUAGCCUGUAAUUUGUUUCUGAAUGUGCAGAGCGCGAUGGCAGCAUCUGAGGUGGCUGGUGUUAUGGCCAAUGCCUCCAAUCCUCCGGAAUCCUCUUCUAGUUUAUGUGCUUCCAAAUCAGAAGAAAGUCUCCCAGAUGGUCUAAGCCCCAAAGACCCAGCGCAGAAGCAGAAGAACUCACCUCCAUCGAGUGUAAGUAGCCAAACGAUAACCAAGGAGAAUAACAGAAAUGUCCAUUUGGAACACCCAGAGCAGAAUCCUGGUUCAUCAGCGGGUGACACUUCAGCAGCGCAUCAGGAGGUUUUAGGAGAAAACUUGAUAGCCACAGCCCUGUGUCUUUCUGGCAGUGGGUCUCAGUCUGAUUUGAAGGACUUGGCCAGCACAGCAGGAGAGGAGGGGGACACAAGCCUCCAGGAGAGCCUCCAUCCAGUCACUCGGUCUCUUAAGGCAGGGUGCCAUACAAAGCAGCUUGCCUCCGGGAAUUGCUCUGAAGAGAAAUCCCCACAAGCCUCCAUCCCAAAGGAAGGUAGCAGGGACACAGGCUUGGAUUUCCGACCUGUAGUGCCUCCAGCAAAUGGGGUUGAAGGAGUCAGAGUGGAUCAGGAUGAUGAUCAGGAUAGCUCUUCCCUGAAGCUUUCUCAGAACAUUGCUGUACAGACUGAUUUUAAGACAGCAGAUUCAGAGGUGAACACAGAUCAAGAUAUUGAAAAGAAUCUGGACAAAAUGAUGACAGAGAGAACCCUAUUGAAAGAACGUUACCAGGAAGUCCUGGACAAGCAGAGGCAGGUGGAGAAUCAACUCCAAGUGCAAUUAAAGCAACUUCAGCAGAGGAGAGAAGAAGAAAUGAAGAAUCACCAGGAGAUAUUAAAGGCUAUACAGGAUGUGACAAUAAAGCGAGAAGAAACAAAAAAGAAGAUAGAGAAAGAAAAGAAGGAGUUUUUGCAGAAGGAGCAGGAUCUGAAAGCUGAAAUUGAGAAGCUGUGUGAGAAGGGCAGAAGAGAGGUAUGGGAAAUGGAACUGGAUAGACUCAAGAAUCAGGAUGGUGAAAUAAAUCGGAACAUUAUGGAAGAGACAGAGCGGGCCUGGAAGGCAGAGAUCUUAUCACUAGAAAGCCGGAAAGAGUUGCUGGUAUUGAAAUUAGAAGAAGCAGAAAAAGAAGCAGAACUGCACCUUACUUACCUCAAAUCAACUCCCCCAACACUGGAGACAGUUCGUUCCAAGCAGGAGUGGGAAACUAGACUAAAUGGAGUUCGGAUAAUGAAAAAGAAUGUUCGGGACCAGUUUAACAGUCAUAUCCAGCUAGUGAGGAAUGGAGCCAAGCUGAGCAGCCUUCCUCAAAUCCCUACCCCAACUUUGCCUCCACCCCCAUCAGAGACAGACUUCAUGCUUCAAGUAUUUCAACCCAGUCCCUCUCUGGCUCCUCGGAUGCCCUUCUCCAUUGGGCAGGUCACAAUGCCCAUGGUUAUGCCCAGUGCAGAUCCCCGUUCCUUGUCUUUCCCAAUCCUGAACCCCACCCUUUCCCAGUCUAACCAGCCUUCCCCACCCCUUCCUGGCUCCCAUGGGAGAAAUAGCCCUGGCUUGGGUUCCCUUGUUGGCCCCCAUGGUCCACACAUGCCCCCUGCCGCCUCCAUCCCGCCUCCCCCAGGCUUGGGCGGUGUUAAGGCUUCUACUGAAACUCCCCGGCCCCAACCAGUAGACAAACUGGAGAAGAUCUUAGAGAAGCUGCUGACUCGGUUCCCACAGUGCAAUAAGGCCCAGAUGACCAACAUUCUUCAGCAAAUCAAGACAGCACGUACCACCAUGGCAGGCUUGACCAUGGAGGAACUGAUCCAGUUAGUAGCUGCACGACUGGCCGAACAUGAGAGGGUGGCAGCAAGCACUCAGCCACUUGGUCGGAUCCGGGCUUUGUAUCCUGCUCCGCUGGCCCAAAUCAGUACCCCAAUGUUCUUGCCUUCUGCCCAAGUUUCAUAUCCUGGAAGGUCUUCACAUGCUCCCGCUACCUGUAAGCUGUGUCUGAUGUGCCAGAAACUUGUCCAGCCCAGUGAGCUGCAUCCAAUGGCAUGUACCCAUGUGUUGCACAAGGAGUGUAUCAAAUUCUGGGCCCAGACCAACACAAAUGACACUUGUCCCUUUUGUCCAACUCUUAAAUGAUGGACCUGACUGGGGAGGAAGAAGAGGAAAACUGAUGUGAACAGGAAGCGCGGGUUCAAGAUUUCUAAAACUCUAUAUUUAUACAGUGACAUAUACUCAUGCCAUGUACAUUUUUAUUAUAUAGGUAAUGUGUGUAUAGAAAGUCUGUAUUCAAAUGUUCGUAAAUGAAAGUAUGUAUAUUAUGCAGAAACAGUUCAGUCCCCCUCAUCUUGCAAUUCUUUUGGGGGUUACAGAUUAUAGGGAAGAUGAUGUUUAAUUUGGCCUUGAAAUGUGAUAUCCUUGCCUGGGGCUGUUAUCAAAUACAUCUAGGAAGCUGCUGUUGCUCUGAGGCCAUCCUGCUUUGGUUUGGCUCAGCCUGUAGUUCAUUUCCUUAAGGCUCAUGUAUGCAGAUUUGAAGCCUGGUGCUCACCUGCUGUCCAACCAGAUGCCUUGCUUACUGAGAGCCUUUGCAAGCCUCAGUGUUGUUCUAGUCACUCCACUUCAAAUGAGUGAAAUGAGACUCUCUGAUUGAGGUAAAAAAAUGUAACCCUAAUAGUUCAACUCUUCAUUGAAUAUUUUACUGUGUUAAUGCUCAUUAUUUAUACAUAGACAUUAGGUUUACAGAAUAUUCUGUUUUACAUCAGCAAAAUUCACAGUCCAAGAAUAACAACCACAUAACCAAGUCCCAUUUCCCCUGCCAGCUUCUGUCCAACCUACUUUCUGGAUAGAAAUUAGCACAACCCACAGGUUUUUCAUGGGGUAAGCCAUCCCUGGCUACCGUUGGCUUGGCUUCUAGUCUAGUUUUGACAGGCCACCUUGUAAAGUCCUCACCCCUUCCAUUUCACUCUGGUCUCCUAGUCUAGCUAACCCCCCUCCCCCCCGAAGGUUAAGGCAGUUGGUUCACAACCAAGUUGUUUGGUGACCUUGGGUGAGCUCCAGACAGGCACUGGGGUGAGGAGGUGUCUGUGCAAAAUUACUUGCAGAAUGAUCUUGGGAUGCUGGGUUUUAAUUUCCAAAGCAAGAAAGGUAUGGGGGAUGUGUUUCCUGUCCUGGGAAAAAUGGAGACCAAAGUGAUAUGAAGAAGGGAGGUGGGAUUUCACAUUUAUAAAUCAUUUGUUCUGUGAAUAUCUAUCUGGAACAAGAUCAUUUUUCCACCUCUGCUUACUGAGCACUUCUGGCUUUUAGGUUUUAUACCUGGGAAGGCUGUGACUCUCUUAGAGCUUUGAAUCUUUUCCUAUCCUUUUUAUCUUUAUUCCUUUAGGAAAUGGCUUUUGCUCCCUUCUCUUUUGGAGUUAAGCAAGUAAAAACUGAGUGUUAAUCCAAAAAAAAAAAAAAAAA